AAGACUAGUACGAUGUAGAACUCCAGGGCAGCGAACUGAUCCACACAUCAGAACAUUUCUUUUUGCUUCUCUGAGUUCUUCAACUUCCCUCAACCUCUUCAAAUAUUGAAGGAACAGAAAAAUCUGAAAUUUGGACAUCUUUUACCACAGGAGUCAAGUUUUGGCAGCACUUAUUGCACUGGCGUGACCUUGGCACAUGACUCUGACCUCUGGCAGCUGAGCGUGGAACAGCGGAGAUCCACACGUGUGAAGUCCCUGAUCUGUCACUGCGACCGAUAAUGAAUCGACAAGCUGCACCAAGUACCUCAUUCAGCCCCACUAAGAUCCCAAAUGCAGCAACUACACCGGGCAAAAACCAAACUGGAAGCCACGGUGCCAAUAAAUUCAUGAAUGAGCUGCGGAGCAUCCACAAGCCAUCCUGGGCUGCAGCUGCCCUUUGCAUCGUCAGUUUGUGCAUGGUGCUGUCAUGUGUUCUUUGCAUCUGGAAAAAAUGCUUUACAAAGAAGGACAAGGACAAAGAAAAGGACAAGAAGAAAGGAAAAGAGAAAAUCAAGGGAGGUUUUGACACUGAAAUGGAUGGCGGUCACAAUGAGCCCACAAGAGAUGAAACAGUCAAAGAAACAGAGAUUUCAAAACAUGAGCGCAAGGAACUCAUGCCCGAGGAGAAGCUCGGCCGACUUCACUUCACAUUAGACUACAACUUCACCGAAAAUUCGCUAGUGGUCGGCCUCCUGGAGGCAUCAGAGCUUCCUGCAAUGGAUGUGGGAGGCAGCUCUGACCCUUAUGUUAAACUCUACCUGCUCCCAGACAAGAAGAAAAAGUUUGAAACUAAGGUCCACAGGAAGACGCUGGAACCACAUUUCAAUGAAACCUUCACAUUUAAGGUACCAUAUACGGACUUGGGCGGAAAAACCCUUGUGAUGACUGUGUAUGACUUCGACCGAUUCUCAAAGCACGACGCAAUUGGGGCAAUAAAGAUACCGAUGAGCAGUAUAGACUUCAGCCAGUCUCUGCAGGAGUGGAGAGAUCUGCAGAAGGCUGAGAAGGAAGAGAGCGAGCGGCUUGGAGACAUAUGUUUGUCCUUGAGGUUUGUUCCAACUGCAGGGAAACUGACUGUGGUUGUCCUCGAGGCCAAGAACCUGAAAAAAAUGGAUGUGGGUGGAUUAUCAGACCCAUAUGUGAAGAUCCACUUAAUGCAGAAUGGCAAACGACUGAAGAAAAAGAAAACUACUAUAAAGAAAAACACUUUGAACCCUUAUUACAAUGAGUCAUUCAGCUUUGAAGUGCCAUUCGAACAAAUAGAGAAGGUGCAAAUAGCAGUGACUGUGCUGGACUAUGAUAAGAUUGGGAAGAACGAUGCCAUUGGAAAAUUGCUUCUGGGCGGUAACAGCACUGGGACUGAACUGUGCCACUGGUCAGACAUGCUGGCCAACCCACGUCGCCCAAUAGCCCAGUGGCACAGCCUUAAAUCAGAGGAUGAAGUCAACUCAUUACUUUCCAACAAGAAAUAAACCAGUAUGCAGGAAAAUCAACGAUUCAUUUUAGGCUUAUUUACCAUCCUUCCUUUUAUUUAUCUUCCCAACUAUACUAACCAUGUAAAUAUUUUUGUUUAAACAUAUAUGUUAAAAUAAUUGAUUGUAAG